CCCAAAACGGGAAAACAUCAUAAAACUUCAAACAACAACAAUGGAGGCUUCUACCUCACGCAAAGAAAGCAAUGCAGAGAUUGUGUUCUUUGACUUGGAAACAACAGUACCCAAUAGAACCGGACAAAGGUUCUGGGUAUUAGAAUUCGGUGCAAUUGUAGUUUGUCCAAGAAAGCUUGUUGAGUUGGAGAGCUUUAGCACCCUGAUAAGGCCAGAGGACUUGUCAGCCGUGGGAUUAAGGUCCCGUCGAUGCGAUGGGAUAACUCGGGAGAGUGUUGAAAAUGCACCUUCUUUUGAAGGAGUUGCUGAUAAGAUAUUCAGCAUUUUGAACGGCAGGAUUUGGGCAGGCCAUAACAUUCAAAGAUUCGACUGUGUAAGGAUUAAGGAAGCCUUCUCCGAUAUCGGUAGACCUGCCCCUGAACCACUUGGGAUGAUUGAUUCUUUAGGGGUUCUGUCUGAUAAAUUUGGUAAACGAGCCGGUAAUAUGAAGAUGGCAACAUUGGCUACUUAUUUUGAGCUUGGGCAGCAAAAACAUAGAAGCCUUGAUGAUGUUCGGAUGAAUCUGGAGGUUCUCAAGCACUGUGCAACGGUGCUAUUUCUUGAAUCUAGCCUCCCUAGGUUGUUGAACACCGCCGACUGGCGAGCCUCAUCUUCCACGACAAUCAUGACACGGAGUAGAAGCAAUAAUAAUGGAAAAUUGGCGUGCAGAGAAGAAACAACAAUUAACAGGAAAUCCCCACAAAAUUCAGUUAACAUUAAUGGAUAUCAGAGAUCAGUUCCUUAUGCGAGGGCAAGUGUGGGAAAGAUGACAGAAAGAGUAAAGGAUAUAUUAUGUAAAGCCCAUGGGAGUCGGCCUCUUAACAACUUGCUCAAGCAUUCUCAUUCAUUGCUUCGCUGAGACCAAACCAAUAGAGAUAUUGGCCUGUCCAAAUGAGAAAGUGGGAACCAUAUAAUAUGCAUGAGAGAUUCACAUCAACCUUUGUGUGGCACAGAAAUUCAUUAAGCAACAAUAUUACGUACGCUGAAGGUGUCUAUAUAUAUAAAACUUUCUGCCUGCAAUGCAUCAAGACACAGACACGUUUGGGAAGCUACUUUGGUUUCUCUGAGAGCAUGCGCUAUGGCAAAGGAUAUAAAGGAUUAGGAACGUGGAGUAGAUGCCUAGUCCAAUGAAAUAUGAUAAAAAAAAUUUAGAGAAAGAUGAGCAGAGCGGAUCUAGAAGUUUGUAUUUCUACAUAUUGGUUAUUUAAUUAAUUAAUAUUUGUUCAUUUGUUUUUCGUUAAUUUGGAAAAGGAUUUGUAAAUUAUCUGGAUGCUGCCUCAUUUUCCGCUUGUAGAUACUGAAAUGAUAAAUUAUUGAUAAUUGUUAGAAUGAA